AUGGUUUUAGCAUUGAUGUUGGUCGUAACAUUAGGUCGACUCAGAGUUGGUUUUAACAAUGUCCACACCGGUGCCUCUGCCAUUCCUUCACAAAUAAUGUUCAAAAUGAAUACAAAUACAAAUAGAAUCGAGAAAACAGAUAGAUUAAUCAAUGGAAAGAAUGUAUUGAAAUUUAUUAAUUAUGAAUUUAAUAAUGAUCUAAUAGUUUUAGUUCAUAAUCAUUUGAAAGAUAAAGAUAAUGAACAACACACAAAUAUCAUAUUAAUCGGAAAUAUUAAAACUAAUGAUGAGAUUGUAGUACCAGAUACAAUCGAUACUCAAUAUCAAUUAAUAUUAAUCAUUUCAAAUUCACUCUUAAAUCUAUCGAUACUUUUAAACAAAUCAGAAUCAUACAUAAUCAAACUUCAAGAUAUUCAAAAAAGUCAAUUUAAAGACACGUUUGACUAUUUCAAACAAACACACAUCAUUAAUAACAAACAAUAUCAUUCAAUAUCAAGAUUUACAAACAGUAAUAAUAUCAAUGAUGUAUAUUUAGUGUGUGGUACUGAUCAUAAAAGAUUGGUAAGAUCAUUUUUCAAUGUAAUUAAUCAAUUGACAAUUAUAAAACUAACAAAAUCAAUUCAAAAGUGUGUUUAUAAAAAGAUAAACUAUAAAGGUAAAGAUAAUCAGAAAUCUUAUGAAAGAGCUGAGAAUGAAAUCAAAGCAAUGAAAUUACUCAAAGAUAAUUGGAGAUUUGUUCAACUUGUUGACUAUCAUCAUGAUAAAGACAAUCAAAUCUUUCAUAUCAUCACUUAUUAUUGUGAUGGUGGUGAUCUUUCUCAAAAGUAUAAACAUUUAACUGAUCAAAAUCUGAAUAUUACAAUUAACCACAUUUAUAUUGAACAUAAAAAUAGGAUCUUUGAAGAAUCAGAUAUUAUUGAUUAUAUUUCAGAACUUUUCAAUAUUCUUUUGGAACUUGAUAAACAUGGAAUUGUUCAUUGUGAUAUCAAACCAUCAAACAUAUUCAUUGGUUAUGGUACUUUGAUUCUUGGUGAUUUUGGAUGUUGUAAAUUCAUUGAUCAAUCAACAAUCAUUGAAUAUCAAGAUUCAAAUGUAUUUUUCAAGGCACCUGUUGUCAUAACAAGUGUUUCAAAUUCGAAAGAAAUAUCAGAUCCAUCCAUUUUUGAUAUGAAUUUAAAUACACUUAUAAAUGCAACACGUGGAACACUUGGUUAUAUUUCACCAGAAGCAAUGAACAGACAAUAUGCACAAUCAUGUGACAUCUUUUCAAUUGGAUCAACAAUUCUCAAAUUAUUAUGUUGUCAUCAAGAUGAUCGAAAUAAUCAUGAAUUAUUCAAAACUACUGAUGAAAUUAAGAUUUCAGAAUACAGAUAUUCAAAACAAUUGAUUGAAUUUAUUCACCGAUUGUUGGAUCAGAGUCCAAAGAAUAGAGAAUCAUUGAAUCAAUUAUUAAACCAAUAUAUUGAAACCAUCACCAAUCAACAUUCAAUUACAUUCAAUUUAAAUACUACAUUCAAAAACAGCUCAGUCAAUAUCACUGAAAUUGAAUUUGGUAAUGAAUUUAAUCAACCAUUGCAAUCUAAUUCACUCCCUCCAAAUCUGAGAUCAUUAUCAUUUGGAUAUGGAUUCAAUCAAAUAUUAUCAGUCGGUGUAUUACCUGAAUCACUUGAAUCAUUGGUGUUUGGAUUAGAAUUCAAUCAAAUAUUAUCAGUUGGUGUGUUACCUGAAUCACUUGAAUCAUUGGUGUUUGGAAAUGAUUUCAAUCAAAUAUUAUCAGUUGGUGUGUUACCUGAAUCACUUGAAUCAUUGGAGUUUGGAUCUAAAUUCAAUCAAAUAUUAUCAGUUGGUGUUUUACCUCAAUCACUUGAAUCAUUGGUGUUUGGAAUUGAAUUCAAUCAAAUAUUAUCAGUUGGUGUGUUACCUAAAUCACUUAAAUCAUUGGUGUUUGGAUAUUUCUUCAAUCAAAUAUUAUCAGUCGGUGUAUUACCUAAAUCACUGAAAUCAUUGGAGUUUGGUCCUGAAUUCAAUCAAAUAUUAUCAGUCGGUGUGUUACCUAAAUCACUGAAAUCAUUAUCAUUUGGAUAUAAAUUCGAUCAAAUAUUAUCAGUCGGUGACUUACGAAAAUCAAUUUCGUCACUCAUUAUUGGUGGAAUACAAAAAGACUCGAUAAAUCAAAGCAAAUUAGCUUUAAAUCUAAAAAUUCUUGAAAUUAAUGAUGGUCUUUAUCGACACACUCAAACAAUAACAACAUUACAAUUGACAAAUUCUCAAGAUUCACUUUCAUUUAUCAAAGAAUUCUAUCCAGAAUAUUAUUCAACACACAAUCUAUCCAAGAUCAGUGAUUCAUUUGUCGAUUCUCAGAACAAUCAAAUCAAAGGAGAAUACAUCAUUGCUCUACUUUUACAUAACACAAAUAUCAUUUUAUAA